AUGAAGAAGCGCAAGGGCGCCGAGUCGGGUACGGAUCGGAAGGCGAAGCGCGUCGACGUGCCGGCGGCCGCCGCCCCACCCGAGGAGCCGGCGUGCUCCACCUACGAGUCCGAUGGCCGCGUCGCCAAGCAGCCGCGUGUGAUUGUCGUGCUCGAGCGGGCGUGCCUCGAGACGGGCAAGGUGGGGUCGGAGCAUGUGCUGCUCAACUCGGACGACCACGGCAACUUUUUGCGCAAGCACCAGCGCGACCCAGCCGCCUUCCGGCCCGACAUUCUUCACCAGAGCAUGCUGAUGCUGCUCGACUCGCCGCUCAACAAGGCGGGCCUGCUCAAGCUCUUUGUGCGCACAGAGAAGGGCGUGCUGAUCGAGGUCUCGCCGCAGAUUCGGAUCCCGCGCACGUUUCGCCGAUUUUGUGGGCUGAUGACCCAGCUGCUGUUCAAGCUGUCAAUCCGCGCGUCGAACGGGCCGCACAAGCUGCUCAAGGUGGUCAAGAACCCCGUGACCGACCACCUGCCGCCAAACUGCCGCCUCGUCAGCCUCUCCUACGGUGGGCGCCUCGUCUCGCUGCCACAGUACGUGCCGGCGCUGCCGCAGGACGUGCCGAUAGUCUUCGUGGCCGGCGCGAUGGCGCACGGCUCGGUGAGCCCGGAAUACCCCGUCGACGAGACGAUAUCCAUCUCCGAGUACCCGCUCUCCGCCGCCGCCGCGCUCGCGCGCCUGUGCACCGCCUUCGAGAACCACAUCGGGAUCCUGUGA